AUCUGCUCAAAGUGCAGUCGACUGGUUGCAUUUGAGGACUUAGCUUAGCCCAUUUUCCUUCAAUGAAUGAGCUUUUCUUAUAGCUGUAGUGGAAUUCAGCGGAAUCUUAUAGUGUGAGAAAUGGCUCCAAAAAAGGGCAAGGGAGCUGAUGCACCAAAGUCACCACCAUUGAUUGGAAGGUUUGGCACCUCGCUGAAAAUAGGGAUUGUUGGCCUGCCCAAUGUUGGUAAGUCAACCUUUUUCAACGUGCUGACAAAGAGUCAGGCUGCGGCUGAAAAUUUCCCCUUCUGCACCAUUGACCCAAAUGAAAGCAGAGUGCCCAUUCCAGAUGAACGCUAUGAUUUCCUCUGCCAAUUCCAUAAACCUGCCAGCAAAAUCCCAGCUUUUCUUAAUGUUGUUGACAUUGCUGGUCUGGUGAAAGGUGCUCAUGCUGGCCAAGGCCUGGGAAAUGCCUUCCUGUCCCACAUCAACGCCUGUGAUGGCAUCUUCCACAUGACACGUGCUUUUGAUGACGAGGAUAUCAUCCAUGUGGAGGGAACAGUGGACCCAGUGAGGGACAUGGAGAUCAUCCACGAGGAGCUGAGGCUGAAGGAUGAGGAGAUGAUCAGCCCUAUUAUUGACAAGCUAGAGAAGACAGCCAUUAGAGGCAGUGACAAGAAACUCAAACCAGAAUAUGACAUUAUGUGCAAAAUCAAGAGCUGGGUAGUGGAUGAAAAGAAACACAUCCGCUACUAUCACGACUGGAACGACAAGGAGAUCGAAGUGCUGAACAAAUACUUGUUUUUGACAUCCAAACCAAUGAUCUACCUCGUUAAUCUCUCUGAGAAAGACUACAUAAGAAGAAAGAACAAAUGGUUGGUGAAAAUCAAGGAGUGGGUGGACAGUCAUGACCCCGGAGCCUUGGUCAUCCCCUUUAGUGGCGGCCUAGAGAGCCUGCUGCAGGACAAGAGUGAAGAGGAGAGGCAGAAGUACUGCACAGAGCACAAGACGCAGAGUGCCGUGAGCAAGAUCAUCAAGGCAGGCUACGCAGCCCUGCAGCUGGAGUACUUCUUCACUGCUGGACCAGAUGAGGUCCGUGCAUGGACCAUUCGGAAAGGAACUAAGGCUCCACAGGCUGCGGGGAAGAUCCACACAGACUUUGAGAGGGGCUUCAUUAUGGCGGAAGUAAUGAAAUUCCAGGAUUUUAAAGAGGAAGGCAGCGAGAGUGCUGUCAAGGCAGCUGGUAAAUACAGACAGCAGGGAAGAAACUACAUCGUCGAGGAUGGAGACAUCAUCUUUUUUAAAUUCAACGCGCCGAACGCACCAAAGAAAAAGUGACGCAAGAACAAUGCGUUUGUUUGCGCAACUGACUGUAUUGUUGCCUUAUAUCUGGCCACUUUUACACUUUUUGUUUUCCAUGCUGUAGGACUGAAUCCCCCACUCGUGUGCCAAGGCACAGGUUCAGUAAACUCUGACAGCUUUGCUAUUUAAGAUCAGGAUCGGCCCCCACUCCAAAUUGUAGCAGCAUUUGAAGGAGCAUAUUACUCUCCAGAUACUUCAUUAAUCUCCAUCACGGGUGCCAGCACUGACACAGCUGACAGCGGGGACAAUGCCACCUGCUCCUCUCCCCCUUCUGCAGAUAAUGCAUGUUUUACAGUAGCCCAGAUGUCUACACUCAAUAAAACAUUUGACAAAACCAGUCUGUGUGUGUUUUGGGAUGUCUGUAUUGAGUGGGAAGCUGCAUGGGGAUAGUGAUAGCGGUCCUGCCGACCACUGAUUAGAGAAUUAAAAGAC